AUGGCGUACCUCACCUUCAUACCCAUUGCUAUUCUAGCAGUAAUCUUGCUUAUACCCAGAGAAGCUCCACGCUUCUUUGAAUUCCACGACAAUAAUCUCAAUGAUCUACUAUAUCCAUCACAGGACCUGUCAGUAUGGGAGAAACUCACGUCUUGGGUGCCCACAGAAGCACCAAAGAGACUGAAUUCAGUCUUCAGAUAUAACCCUGCCAGAUUUGGAGAACAGAAACUAAGCUCCAAUUCUUUCUUUAACGAAGUACAGUUCGGCAAGGAUCGAGAACAGAUUGGCAAGGAAAAUGCCACGAUCGUGAUGCUUGUCAGGAACCUGGAGCUUAAAGGAGCACUAGACCUGAUGAGAUCGCUUGAAGAUCGUUUCAAUAAAGAUUACAAAUAUCCUUGGGUCUUUCUUAAUGAUGUGCCAUUCGAUCAGGAGUUCAUAGAUAAAACUACCAUGAUGGCCAGCGGAAAGACCUUCUACGAACUCAUUCCUCAUGAGGACUGGAGCAUGCCUCCUCACAUUGAUAAAGAGAAGUUUGAAGAAAACUUAAGAAAUUCUUGGGACGUGAUCUAUGGUCCAUCUCGCUCAUACAGAAACAUGUGUCAUUUCAACUCAGGCUUCUUUUACAGACAGAAGCGGAUGCUCAAUUAUGAAUGGUACUUCCGAGUGGAGCCUGACGUUGAAUACAUGUGUGACUUUCAAUUCGAUCCGUUCACUGUCUUGCGUGAGAAUAAGAAGGUCUAUGGGUUUGUCUUAGCCCUUCCAGAUUAUGAAAAUACCAUUCCUACGCUAUGGCCUACUGUCGAAGAAUUUAUUGAGAAAUACCCACAGUACCUCCACCCUAACAACGCCUACGAUUUCUUGACAACUAACGAAACGGACGUUUUCUUCGGAGUUACCAACCCCACCAAGAAUCUAUAUAAUAUGUGCCACUUUUGGUCGAACUUUGAGAUCGCAAAUCUCGAAUUCUUCAGAGGAGAGGCGUAUGGAGCAUUCUUUGACCAUUUAGACAAAAGCGGUGGAUUUUAUUACGAAAGAUGGGGUGAUGCACCUGUCCACACAGUUGGUGUAUCCCUUCUUUUAGACAGAGACCAGAUUCACCAUUUUGAAGAUAUUGGCUACUACCACGCACCAUACAUGGGCUGCCCUACGUCCGAGGAUGUACUCAUGGCUAAACGAUGCAUUUGCAGGGAGAAAGCUUUCGAUGGUUCGCUAUUGAGACCAAUGGAAAUCAGAGCACCUAGUUGUAUUCCUAGAUGGUGGAGAUACGGCAGUGGUAAGAGCUUCUUGAAUGAGGCAGAAUACACCUUUCGCUAA